GUACCAAACACACCCUAAAGCUCACUCUUUCACUUCACUGGAUUCUGCUAGUAGCUUUGCUGCAUUUGCAAUGUCAUCUCCUUUAACCUUUAACCUUUGCACAGCCAUGCUCCAUGGCUAUAUCACCAGCCCCAGCUCCAAGCCCCUCAUUGCACAGAAAAAAGCACCUGCCCGCCAUGGGGGAAUGCAAGAGCUCCCGGCGCACCUCGCGCCCUCUCCUCCUCCCCGCCAUUGUUGUCGUGCUCGCAUUCUUCGUCGCGCAAUGCGGAGCGAGGGUGCUGACGGUGGACGAGCUGCUGGACCAGUACUCCGAGUCCGACCACCACUCCGCCUCUCCGCCUCCGGGCUCCCCCGGCUGCGCCCCGGAGCCGGAAGCGUCGCCGCCGCCCGUCAUCCCGGCGCCCUCCUUCGCCUAUCUCUCGCCCCCGCCGCCCAUGCAGUUCUACUCCCCUCCGCCCCCCGAGGUCGUGCCCAGCCCGCCUGAGAUCACGCCGAGCCCGCCGGAGGUCGUGCCUAGCCCGCCUGAGAUCGCGCCACUGCCGCCGGUCGUUGCGCCCAGCCCGCCUGAGAUCGCGCCACUGCCGCCAGUCGUCGCGCCCAGCCCGCCUGAGAUAGCGCCACUGCCGCCUGUCGUCGCGCCCAGCCCGCCAGAGAUCGCGCCGCUGCCGCCGGUGGUCGCGCCCAGUCCGCCAGAGAUUGCACCCCUGCCGCCGGUCGUCGCGCCCAGCCCGCCGGACAUCGAGCCGUUCCCGAGCCCGCCGGAGGUGACGCCGCUGCCGCCGAUAGUGUACCCGAGUCCACCGGAGGUUGCGCCCAGUCCACCGGAGGUCGCACCGCUCCCGGGGCCACCAGAGGUCACGCCUAGCCCGCCGGAGGUCGCGCCGUUCCCAGGGCCACCAGAGGUCACACCCAGCCCACCGGACGUGACGCCAUUCCCGGGGCCACCGGAGGUCGAGCCCAGCCCGCCGGACGUGACGCCGUCCCCGGGGCCACCGGAGGUCGAGCCCAGCCCGCCGGACGUGACGCCGUCCCCGGGGCCACCGGAGGUGACUCCCAGCCCACCGGAGGUCACACCGUUCCCGGGGACACCGUACGUGGCGCCCAGCCCACCGGAGGUGACGCCGUUCCCGAGCCCGCCGGAGGUGACCCCCAGCCCGCCAGACUACGCGCCGUACCCGCCGCCGGAGUCCUCGCCGGGGUCGGGGUCGUCCCCGAGCCCGCCGGGGGGCAGCUUCCAGCCACCGGUGGUGCUCCCGCCGACGACCGGGCCGCCGUCGCCGUCGGCGGGGCACGGCGAGUGGUGCGUGGCGAAGCCGUCGGUGCCGGCGGCGAUCGUGCAGCAGGCCAUGGACUACGCGUGCGCUUCGGGCGCCGACUGCGAGUCCCUCCAGGCCGACGGCGCCUGCUUCAAGCCGGACACCAUGACCUCCCACGCCUCCUACGCCUUCAACAGCUACUGGCAGCGCGCCAAGUCCACCGGCGCCACCUGCGACUUCGGCGGCACCGCCAUGCUCAUCACCAAGGACCCCAGCUAUGAUAACUGCCAUUACAGUGUGAUGUGAAGAACAGAACAGCCUCCCAACAGAUGCCAUCAGUGGCGUAUGGUUCUGGAAGCUGGACACCAUUUUCUGCUCAAGUUCAGAUGAAGUAGUGCAGAUAUACAUACAGAUAUAUAUACAUGUAGGCUGUUUUGAAUGUGAGCAUGUUCAUUUUGUGAAUGUACCCAUCUAACUUUUGCUUCCUUUUGACACAUAUAUUGUUUUGUAUAAUUCAGAAUAAUGCUAUAUGUAAUGUAAUUUUCCA